AUGGAGGCGAAAUCACGAAACGAAACCACUAACCCUUUACGUUGCAUAGGCGGCUGCAUAUGUACAAGUUUCCAGGGUUUUCAGACACAGACCACAUUCGACGUGGGGUCCCUUCCGGAUGGCGUUGCAGUGGGCGACUUCAACGGAGAUGGCUAUCUCGAUAUCGUGGCUACUAAUCUCGGCGACAAUUCAGUGAGCGUCUUGCUCGGGACUGGAUCGGGAAGUUUCCAGACGCAGACCACAUUCCCCGUGGGGAGCUUCCCGCAAGGUGUUGCGGUGGGCGACUUCAAUGGAGAUGGCUACCUCGAUAUCGUGGCUACGAAUACCAACGGCAAUACAGUAAGCGUCUUGCUUGGGACAGGAUCCGGGAGCUUCCAGCCGUCUACCUCAUUCCCCACAGGGUCUGGGCCGUCCGACGUUGCAGUGGGCGACUUCAACGGAGAUGGCCAUCUCGAUAUCGUGGCUACGAAUCCCGGCAUUAAUGCAGUGAGCGUCUUGCUCGGGACCGGAUCCGGGAGCUUCCAGGCGUCGGCUACGUUACCAGUGGGGUCCGGGCUGACAAGUGUUGCGGUGGGCGACUUCAACGGAGAUGGCUAUCUUGAUAUCGUGGCUACGAAUGGCAUCGCUAACGCAGUGAGUGUCUUGCUCGGGACUGGAUCGGGGACCUUCCAGGCGCCGGCCACAUUCCCCGUGGGGUCCAAUCCGCAAGGUGUUGCAGUAGGCGACUUCAACGGAGAUGGCUAUCUCGACAUCGUGGCUACGAAUAACGCUGGCAAUACUGUGAGCGUCUUACUCGGUGAUGGAUUAGGGGGCUUCCAGCCGCAGGCUACAUUCGUUGUGGGAAGCGGGCCGAUUGCUGUUGCAGUAGGCGACUUCAACGGAGAUGGCCAUCUCGAUAUUGUGGCUACGAAUGGCGACAGUUCAGUGAGCGUCUUGCUCGGGACUGGAUCAGGAAGUUUCCAGGCGCAGACCGCAUUCCCCGUGGGGUCCGGGCCGGCUGGUGUUGCAGUGGGCGACUUCAACGGUGAUGGCCAUCUCGAUAUCGUGGCUACAAAUGAGGGCGAAAAUACAAUGAGUGUCUUACUUGGGAAGCCUUGCGACGCUUAG